AUGUCUUACGUACCUGAGGAUGAAGAAGCGCAGCCGCUCCUUCCUACUCAAAGGACUAGAAGCAACUCAAUUGCAUCGAUCGUUGCGCGUGGCAGAAGUAACACUAUCAGUAGUUUCAAAAUAGGAUACGAUGCAGUUAAAAGACACAAAGUAGAGUUUUUUUCUUUGCUGGUGGCAAGUUUGAUUCUGUAUAUGGGCUUCACUGUGGCGUUCCUCCCAAGAACCUCAUUGUCAAGAGAUUUUAGAAGAUUUCAUUUUAGUAAGGUAACCAGAGCUGAAACGUACAGAAUAUACCUAGAGAGUUUACUACGAGAAAAUCAUGCCAAAGAUCAUGUCCGCAACUACACGGAGUACAGACAUUUCACUGGUGACGAUCAUGUCUUGCAGUACACUUUGGAUCAACUGAAGUCGUAUGGAUUUUCACCCAAGAUUGAAAAGUAUUAUCCCUGGUUGAAUACUCCUGUAGAUUCAGAAGUAUCUCUUUGGAUUGAUGACAAACUAGCUUAUAAUGCUAGCAUGAUAGAAGAUUUCUUGGAAGAAGAUCCAUCAAGUUCGAGUCCACAAUCGGUACCUGCUUUCCACGGGUAUUCAGCCAAUGGCGACGUUACCGCCCAGUUUGUGUUCUGCAACUACGGAAAGAUUGAAGACUACGAAUAUUUACUUGAAAAGGGGAUUGACUUGAAGGGUAAAAUACAUAUAAUCAGAUAUGACAGCAUGUUCAGGGGAUUGAAGGUGAAGAAUGCUGAAAAGUAUGGAGCAGCGGCAGUAAUAUUGUACACUGAUUCCUUCGAUGACGGAGAAAUAACUGAAGCUAAUGGAUAUAAGGCAUAUCCCCAUGGUCCUGCGAGGAAUCCGAGUGGUAUUCAACGUGGGUCUGUUGAAUACUUCACAGACUUUCCUGGGGACCCCACAACUCCAGGCUAUGCGUCGAAGUCGCCACAUACCAAACGAAUGUCACCCGCAGGCAAAUUGCCAGCUAUCCCAUCAGUGCCUUUGAGUGGAAGAGAGGUCGCCAAGAUAUUGGAACAUUUAAACGGAAAAGGUUGCAAAAUUGGGCCUGGAGGUAACAUAGGCGGGUUUAGCUACUACAGUGGCCCAUCUGAUCCUAAUGUAACGGUACGGGUAUACAAUGAGCAGGAGUAUGGUAUCCAAGAAAUGAGUGAUGUUAUAGUUGAAAUUCCUGGCAUUUUACAUGGCAAUUCUAUCAUUAUCGCGAACCACAGAGAUUCAUGGACUGUGGGAGGAGCGGGAGACCCCAAUAGCGGUAGCAGUAUUCUGCUAGAAAUUGCCCGUGGUUUUAGUGAACUGCGGAAGAAUGGCUGGAAACCUUUGAGGACCAUAAAGCUCAUUAGUUGGGAUGGAGAAGAGCCUGCAAUGUUAGGAUCUACCGAGUAUGGUGAGAACCACGAAAGGCAACUCAAAAAGCAAGCCAUUGCGUAUCUAAACCUCGACACGGCUAUAAGUGGGAGUAAAUUUCAGUGCGAAGCCAACCCACUACUAGCGAGCGUACUUCUAUCAGCAGCAAAGCAUACACCUUUUGUGGGGAGGCCCUCGACUUCGCUCUACGAUCAUUGGAAGGAAACAUCUGAUCUCGAUAUUGGUGUCUUGGGCUCUGGUACCGAUUUUGCAGUGUUUCAAAAUCAUUUGGGUGUGCCUAGCGGCAACUUCAAAUUUGCCGGUAACCGUGAGGACGAUGCAGUUUAUCAAUAUCAUACCAAUUAUGACUCGUAUACAUGGAUGGAGAAAUUUGUAGAUCCAAAUUACGAGCUUCAUAACACUAUGGCCAUUUUCACUGGGAUGUCAGCUUUGAUGAUCAGCGAGGAUGAGCUCAUUGACUUCAGGACACACGCUUACAUGAGCAAGAUCCGCCAAUAUUACAAUGGGUGGCACAAAAUGUUGAACUCAACCUUCCCAGCUGAUUCUAAACUACAAACACUAGCAGGCACCCUCUCUCGGAAACUAGAUGAUCUCGCCGAAAGCGAGAGCGUGCUGUUUGACACGCACACCGCGCAACUACGUAAGAAAGCCAGAAAGGACUAUCCAGUAUGGUUGUUUUACAAAAAGCUCAUAAUAUAUUUCAAGUUAACAGCCGCAAACCAGAAACUAAAAAUGCUAGAUCGUCUGUUUUUGACGGAAAGAGGCUUAAAAGAUAGAGACUGGAUGAAGCAUUCCAUCUUUGGUCCAGACAAGUAUUUGGGGUAUUUUGGAGAUGUGAUACCUGGUCUGCACGAGGCACUUCUGGUAAAAGAUCGAGAAGAGACCCUCGAAUGGCUGCAGAUACUUUGCAAGCAAUUUGAAAAGGUAUCAAAGCUAAUUCAUUUGUAA